AUAUAUAAUAACCUACCAAGCCCAAUAUCCAUCAAUUCCUUUAAGUCAUUAAUAUUAGUUUUUUUACCAUUUAAUGGCGGGAGAUUACUAAGUAUAGAAUGUGAUUUUUUAUCUAAAGAUGUUAUUGUCACAUUUAUUGGAAGUUUUGGACUUUGCUGUGAAAUGCUUUCUAAUUUAUCUGAUACAUCAUUAUCAUUUGAUAAUGAUGUGGUUUCAUUAUUUAAUACUUUUGGAAUGGAAAUUUCAAAUGUGGUUGUAAAAGAUAAAGAUAGCAGUAAAUAUAUAAGUUUUAAUACUUGGAAAGAUACAACAAUUCCUUUAAUAAAGAUUACAUACUUUAUCGCAAUAUUGCCCCAAAAUUCUUGUAUUUAUCAAGCACUUUUACCAAGUAUCUUGUACACGGAAGAUAAAAAUAUGACAAUGGAAUCACAAGAUGACAUAAAAUUAUUUCAAUCUGUUGGUUUAAGUGAACAAAAAGCUAAAGAGACUCUAAAAAAUAAGCAAGUUUCUAAUAAUUUAAGACUUGCUAUAAUAGAGGCUAAUAAAUAUGGAAUCAUUUCAUCAGAGAUUGGAAUUUUGUUAUAUCAUCUUGCUUCAAAAAUUAAGACUCAAAUUGCAGAUAAAUUAGCAUUUCUUGCUCAAUACAUAGCUAAAAAGAAAUUAGAUACGACUCAAAGAUUGGAUACUGGACUAAAUUAUUUACUUAAUCAAGUCGAAGGAAAUAUUGAUGUAUCUGAUUUUGAGAAAGAAUGCGGCGUAGGUAUUGUUAUAUCUCCAGAAGAAAUAGAAUAUGAAGUGGAAAAAGUAAUAAGUGCACAUAAAAUGGAAAUAAUAGAAAAAAGGUAUCAUUUUAAUGUUGGUCCAUUGAUGCAACAAGUGCGUAAUACUUUAAAAUGGGCAGAUGGAAAAGCAAUAAAAAAUGAAUUUGAUGUCCAAAUGCUUGAUUUGUUAGGUCCAAAACGUGAUUCUGAUCUUGUACCAUUACCUAAACAAGCAAAACAAACAAAAAUAACAAAGUUAGAAAAAGAAAAAAGUAAAUCUGGUGCUGAAACUGGUACUACACCAGCAAAUGAGAAAAUAGGUGCUCAGACAAUAAGUGAAUUAAUGAAAACUAAAGUCCAUUUUCAUAAACCAGGUGAAAAUUAUAAAACUGAAGGAUAUAUUAUAACACCAAAUACACAUAAAUUAGUUCAAGAACAUUUAAGAGUAACAAAGGGCAAAGUAAUAACUAGAUUUCCACCAGAACCUAAUGGAAUUUUACAUAUUGGUCAUGCAAAAGCAAUUAAUAUUAAUUUUGGAUAUGCAGCAGCCCAUAAUGGAAUAUGUUAUUUACGUUAUGAUGAUACAAACCCUGAAAAAGAAGAAGAAAAAUUUUUUGUUGGUAUUCGUGAAAUGGUAGAAUGGCUUGGUUAUAAGCCAGCUAAAAUUACCCAUUCUUCUGAUUACUUUCAACAACUAUAUGAAUGGGCCAUAGUUCUUAUUGAAAAAGGCUUAGCAUAUGUCUGUCAUCAAUCUAGUGAAGAAAUAAAAGGUUUUAAUCCACCUCCAAGUCCUUGGCGUGACAGACCUAUUUCAGAAAACUUGCAACUAUUUAAUGAUAUGAAAGAUGGGUUACUUGAGGAAGGUGAAGCUACAUUACGAAUGAAAGUAACAUUAGAAGAAGGGAAACAAGAUCCAGUUGCAUACAGAAUAAAAUAUAGUCCACACCAUAGAACAGGAGAUCAAUGGUGUAUUUAUCCAACUUACGAUUUUACACACUGUUUGUGUGACAGUAUAGAAAAUAUAACUCAUUCUCUUUGCACAAAGGAAUUUCAAUCAAGGAGAUCAUCUUAUUAUUGGCUUUGUAAUACUUUAGACAUUUAUUGUCCUGUGCAGUGGGAAUAUGGUAGAUUAAAUGUAUGCUAUACAGUUGUUUCUAAGAGAAAAAUCAGUAAGUUAAUUGAGGAGAGUAUUGUAUCUGAUUGGGAUGAUCCAAGAUUAUUCACAUUAACAGCUCUUCGUAGACGAGGUUUUCCACCUGAAGCUAUAAAUAAUUUUUGUGCACAGAUGGGUAUAACUGGUGCUCAAGCAAUUAUUGAUCCAGCCGUUUUAGAGGCAUCUGUUAGAGAUGUUUUAAAUUUAACUGCAAGUCGACAUAUGGUAGUUCUAGAACCAUUAAAAGUAACCAUUAGUAAUUUUCCUCAUGAAAAUGCUAUAAAACUAACAGUUCCUAACUUUCCUAAUGAACCAGAUAAAGGACAACACGACAUUGUUUUUGAUGAAAUUGUAUAUAUUGAAGCAUCUGAUUUCAAAGAGAAAACGGAAAAAGAUUUUAGACGUUUAACAUUAAAUCAAUCUGUUGGUUUAAAACACGUAGGGAUAGUAUUAAAAAUUAAAGAAAUCAAAAAAGAUAAUAUGGGUAAUAUUGUAAAUCUGAUUGUUACACAAGAACCCAUUUGUGAAACUAACAAGCCUAAAGCUUUCAUACACUGGGUAUCAAACCCUCUAUUGGCGUCCAUUAGAUUAUAUGAGCGUUUAUUUAAACAUAAAAAUCCUGAAGAUCCUAAUGAGGUACCAAACGGUUUUUUGAGUGACAUUAAUCCAUACAGCAAAAAAGAAAUUGUUGGAUAUAUCGAUGCAAGUUUGGCAAAUUCAGCAAAAAUUUUUGACAAAUUUCAAUUUGAACGUAUUGGCUUUUUCUCUGUAGAUCCAAACACAACAUCGGAAAAGGUAAUUAUAAUCAUAAUAUAAAUAUUAAUAUUAUUAUUAAUUAUAUUUAUUUUUUAUAGCUUGUUUUUAACAGAACAGUAACAUUAAAAGAAGAUACAGGAAAAGUGUAAAUAAAAUUAUAUGCAUUCAAACAUUAUGUAUGAUAUAUAUUAUGUUUUAUAACUAUCAAUGAUGUUUAAGAUAACAUACAUCUUUUCGUACUUCUAAAAUUUUACAGUUUAAAAUCAUUAUUAAAUGGACAAUAAAUAAAAAAUAUUUAAUUCAUCAUGCAAGAUUCGUAUGUAGGAAUCAUAUAUUUAAUAUUUAUAAAAGCAUCUUCACCUCCAUAUAUUUCAAGUAAUGCAAGAGUUUCUUGUAUUAUAUCUGCGACGUUUUCACCUCUUUGUUGCGAGUAAUCAAUACCUUCUCCAAGAUUCACUGGAAUAUAAAAUUUAAUUUGUAUCAUUUUUAUCAAUUACAAUAAAUUAAAAUCUUACCAUUUCUAUCUUUUAAUAAAUUAAGUACUGGUAAGAUUUGUCUAAAGUAUGGUACUAAAGCUUCUCCAACACAAUCUGCUGAACGUACAAGAUGUUGAAUAGUUCUCAGUGUUGUACAUAUAACUUCUGGCAUUUUUGUAUUUAAGGCUUCUAUGAUAAACAAAAAUUCAUAAAAUCACACAAUUUGUAAAAUUAAAUUAUAAAAUAUUAAAAUAAUAAAUUAAUAAAAAAUAAGUUACUUUUAAUGGGAAUUAUUAAUUGUGGCACAACAGGUAAAAUUUUAGGACCGCCAUGUUCUAACAUAUCAGAUAUUCCUUGUUCUACUAUGAACUUAAUUGGUUGUUCAGUUUCUGUUAAUCCAUCAAAAAAUAAUGGCAAAUAAUGAUGGAAAUCUAAAUCUUCGAUGUUAACUUUCCAGCUAAGUUUUAUGCCGUAACUAUCCUUUUCCAAUGCAACUGGAAAUACACCCCAUUCAUAAAAUUUUCGAAAAGUUGAUGGUUUAGGUGGUUGUGGUUUAUAUAAUUCAUAUCGAGGAGGCUUUUCAACUAUAGUGUUUUCCUAAAUAUAUUAUAAAUAAAUAUCAAGCCACGUAAAUAUAAUUUUUACAAUAUUGAAAUAUUACCUGUAAAGCUUGAAUGGUAAAAGCAGGAACAAUUCUGGGUUUUUUUUUUUUAUGUCCUGAUAAGUCUUUCCGGAUUUCAUUCCAAAAUUUUGUUUCAUUUACCAUUCCGAUACACUUUUUUUACGUUAAUAUUUAAUCAAAAAAUGAUUUGACAAAUAAAAUAUUAUAGAAUACAAUUUUAUUCAUUAAAAAGAUACUAAAAUUAUAAAACUGUAUCUAAUAUUGCUGAUUUGUUUUGGACAUACUGUAUUACAGUAAUUUAAUAUACAACAAUUAUGGAUCAAACAUGUUCCCUAGCAACACAUGUACACAUUUAUAUUUAGAGAUAUAUGUAUUUUAAUCUUAACUAUUGAAAUCUUUUCAUUUAUUUACAUAAAAUUCUUUUCUAUAAAGUACAUAAUAAUUAAUUUACAAUUUUGUAACUUUAUUGAAUUGUGGAUCAUCAAAUAUUAAAUCUCUCUUUAUUGGUUCAUCUUUAUCAGCUGUGUUUCAUUAUUAAGGAAAAUAUAUUAAAAAUAUAUUAAAAAUUGAAAAAAUAUGUAAAAUAUAUAAAAUUGAAACUAAUUCUUUUGAAUUUAAAGAAAUAAAUUUGAAAAGGAUAUUUAUGAAGUAAUUUGAAGAUUCCCGUUCCUACAGGAACAGGAAUACCCACUAUUAUUGAUUCAGACACACCACAAAUAAUAUCCUUCUGUCCAUAAUAAGCUGCAUCAAAUAGAUGAUCGGCUGUCUUCUCAAACUGUUAAAUAAUUAUCUAUUAGUAUAUGACAUUUAAAUAUAAUAUAAAAAAUAUAAAUAUAUUUAACAUUUUACCGAAGCUAAAUUUAGCACAGAUUCCUUCAUUUUAGCUAAACCUUGUCUUGUAAUACCUAGUACUUCUCCCCUACUAGUCAUUAAAUCUGCUACAAGCAUUGGAUGUCUUCGAUCAAUACUCAUUCCAUGAUUUUCCAUUACUAAUUUGAUUUCUGUCAUUAUAGUUGUUCUUGCAGCCUCAAUUCCUAGUGUUUUGAAAACCUAA